AUGGUUCGCUCGCCGAGGACCGGCGCGAAUCGAUACCGAUGUGGAAUUUAUAAAAGUAGCGCCGCGUGUCCCCCCCCCCCCCGGACCCCGCCCGCGGCCGUGUGCGCUCUUGCUUGUGUCCGUGCGCUCCCCGCUCCCCUCGUGCGCGUGUCUGUCUGCGAGCGUGCGCGCGUGUCUGGCUGUGUGCGCCGCGCCGCCGGCCGGACGUGA